AUGCCGGAGACCAUUACCAGCCGAGACGCUGCUCGUUUUCCCAUCGUUGCCAGUUGCACCCUUCUGGGGCUCUACCUCUUCUUUAAAAUAUUCUCUCAAGAGUACAUCAAUCUUCUGCUUUCCAUGUAUUUCUUUGUGCUGGGGAUCCUGGCCCUGUCCCACACCAUCAGCCCCAUGAUGAACAGAUUCUUCCCUGCGAAUUUCCCCAACAAACAGUACCAGCUCCUCUUCACCCAGGGCUCCGGGGAUAGCAAGGAGGAAAUAGUGAAUUACGAGUUCGACACCAAGGAUCUCGUGUGCCUGGCCCUGAGCAGCGUUGUGGGCGUCUGACCCAAAUCUCUUUUUUUUUCCUGACUUUCUCAGCACUGGAUUGCCAACAAUCUCUUUGGGCUGGCGUUCUCCCUCAAUGGGGUGGAGCUGCUGCACUUGAACAACGUCAGCACUGGCUGCAUCUUGCUUGGGGGCCUGUUCAUCUACGACGUCUUCUGGGUAAACGGGACAGCAGUAAGGGUGACACCUCCCUCACUGCUCCUCUCUCCGCUCCUCGCAGUGGUUUUCCCUCAGGACCUGCUGGAGAAGGGGCUGGAGGCUGACAACUUUGCCAUGCUGGGUCUGGGAGACAUUGUCAUUCCAGGGAUCUUCAUUGCCUUGCUGCUGCGCUUUGACAUCAGCUUGAAGAAGAACACGCACACGUAUUUCUACACCAGCUUUGUGGCCUACAUCUUCGGGCUGGGCCUGACCAUCUUCAUCAUGCACAUCUUCAAGCACGCCCAGCCUGCUCUUCUCUACCUGGUCCCCGCGUGCAUCGGCUUCCCGCUUCUUGUGGCCUUGGCAAAGGGAGAAGUAACCGAAAUGUUCAGGUGA